AUGCUGGCAAAAGUACUCAUAACUGGUUUAUUAGCGACUGCUUGGGCUCUUCCAGCCCGCAAGGAUGGAUCAGAAGUCAAUCAUGAUGUAGAAAAGGCUCCUCCUGGAUUAUCGUGGGAAGAAUGGCACAUGCAACAUGAACAUCAAACUGAGAACUAUGACGCUGAAACGUUCUUUGGGCUUCACGAUAUUGGUCAAAAAGGCUAUUUUGACAAAGCUGAUAUCCUGAGUAUGUAUGGGCUGAGUCGUACGGAAGUUAUUGGUAACGGUGAUGGAAUGGGAAAGCACGACAACUCUGAAAAAGUUGAUGAAGAGAUGUCAGGGAGAGUGUUCCGUUUGAUCAUGCAGCUCCUUGAUGUUGACGAUGACAGCAAAAUUGACAAGAAGGAGUAUCUGAAAUUUGCAAAAAAAGGUAAUAAAAUGCCCGAUCUAGGAGUCGGUGUAGGCCACCAUUCAGAUUUCGAGCUGGAAUACGAGCUGCACCAUUGGAAUAAGUUUCACAGGGAUCAGGAUCCCUCGGUGAGAAAUGUGCAUCGCGAGGACAUCGAGCACGAUCUGCUGCAUCAUGAACAUGAAAUUGAGCACGAAGACCAGGCCCAGAGGGGUGCGGCAAGAAUAACCGUCAAGACUGAUGAUGAGCUCGAAGCAAUGAUCAAGUUCGAAAAAAUUCCUACCAAGUUCCGGAAAACCUUUUAG